AUGAGGCCUGACAAUAACAACAACAACAGUGUGCUGGAUGGAGACGGAGUGGAGGAUGGGUCUGGACCAAUCAGCAGGCCCCGUCAGCCCCAGUGCCGUUCUCUCUCCUCCGGCCGGGCGCGUCACAGCCACCGCCGCAGCAGCAGAACAGACAAGCAGCCUCACACCUGUCCUCUCUGUUCCAAAACGUUCAUCUCUUCCUCUCACCUGGCCUUACACCUGCGCUCCCACAGCGGGGAGAGGAAGUAUAAGUGUGGCGUGUGUGGGAAGCUCUUCCUGCAGUCAGCCCACCUGAUGCGCCAUAAGACCACCCACACAGGGGACAGGCCCUUUAAGUGUCCAGACUGUGGGAAGGGCUUCGGUCGCGCUUCUCACCUGAAGACACACCGACGCCUCCACACAGGGGAGAAGCCAUUCCAGUGCUCUGUCUGUGACAAGGCUUUCACCCAGAAGGCUGGGCUGAUCAUGCACCACCGCCUGCACACUGGAGAGAGGCCCUACAGGUGUGAUCACUGUGGUAAAGCCUUCCGCUCCUCCACACACCUGCUGGCCCAUCAGGCCCUGGAGUCAGCCAAGCAGAGCUUCACCUGUGACAGGUGUGAUCAGAGUUUCAGGUCAGCCUCGUCCCUCAGACAGCAUGUUAAGACACACAGCAGCACCAUGGAGGACCUCUGCUGUGGGGUCUGCUGCCGGUCCUUCGUCCGCUCCUCCUACUUGCAGCUGUACAUGAGGCUCCACAGAGGACAGAGGCCCUACCACUGCAGGGUCUGCAACAAGACUUUUGCUAAGAUGACCACCUUCCAGAGACACUGUGACAAACACCUGAGGAGGAACGGGGACAUGGACCAGGGGCAGGAGGAGGAAGAGGAGGAGGAUGUCAAACCUACAUUGCCCCCACCCUCCACCCCUCCUUCUCCUGCCCUUCUACCUCCUCCUGUUCCUCCAUCUACCCUUCCUCUCUUGUCUGAGGUCAAUACACGCUCUAAAACUAGAGCCAAAAUUAGGAUAGAAUGA